CGGGUCUCUCGGAGCGAUGGCGCGCACGAAGCAGACGGCGCGUAAGUCGACGGGCGGGAAGGCGCCCCGCAAGCAGCUGGCCACCAAGGCGGCCCGCAAGAGCGCGCCGGCCACGGGCGGCGUGAAGAAGCCGCACCGCUACCGGCCCGGCACGGUGGCGCUGCGCGAGAUCCGGCGCUACCAGAAGUCGACGGAGCUGCUGAUCCGCAAGCUGCCCUUCCAGCGCCUGGUGCGGGAGAUCGCGCAGGACUUCAAGACCGACCUGCGCUUCCAGAGCUCGGCCGUGAUGGCGCUGCAGGAGGCGAGCGAGGCGUACCUGGUGGGGCUCUUCGAGGACACCAACCUCUGCGCCAUCCACGCCAAGCGCGUCACCAUCAUGCCCAAGGACAUCCAGCUGGCCCGCCGUAUCCGCGGCGAGCGCGCCUGAGCCUCCUGCCGCGGCCCCCCCCCCCCCCCCCCCCGUUAUCCUUCAUUCACCCACCCUAAAGGCUCUUUUAAGAGCCACCACAUUGCACAGGAGAGCUGUGACACGGGUUUUUUUUUUGAUGCUUGGAUACAAGACUAAAUCCUGAAGUUCUUCUAAGGUAGUGUAAAUUUUUUGGGCUGUCACAUAAGUACUAACGCUAGCAUUUAGUUUGUUUCUCUCCCACCCUCCCUAUGUCUGUGCUUAUCUGCUUUCUCUGGACUCUGUUCUCAAGAGGCCUUUGGAAUCAGAUACUGCUAUUCCAGUGAAAACAUGUUUAUAAGCGUUUCUAAGCACUUGUUUCAAAAUGUUUGAUUUUUUUUGAGCAGACUGUUACAUGCUGUAUAGCGAGGGGCUUGGAAAUGUCUAAUUGACUAUACAGAAAAAGUAACUGUACAAACUGGAAAAAAUGCUCAGACAAGGUAAAUGAAAAAUACUUCAGUGAUAGUGGUAAGAGCUAUAAUU